CCGCUGCGGCUGGCCGUGCCUCCACCGCCGUGUCUUUGUUUUGUUCCGACGCAGAGGUUACGGGCGAUCCUUCCUAAGUGAUACCGCAACAAAAAAUAUCUCAUUGUUUGAGAGGAGACGAGAGCAAGAUCCUCGGAGUCGUUUCCGCCGCUAUAUUCGUUGUCGUUGUCGCCAUCGCCGCGGGGAUUUCGAAGCAGCUGCGCAGAUAGGAACGCAGGGGAGAUUUAAAGCGCAAAGGCUGAGGAAAGGAGCAGAGGAUCUUGGGUUCUGCUUCCUUGAACUGAGCAGAGGUAUACCGGAGAGGAAGAAGAACAUAUGGCUUGGCCGGCGUGUUUGAAUGAGUACGAGAAGCUCCUUAUCCGGAUGGACACUCCCAGGGUUGCGAUCGACAAUGCCGUUUGCCCCACCGCGACUCUCGUGAAGGUUGACAGCGCUAGGAAGCAUGGCAUCCUCCUCGAAGCCGUGCAGGUCCUUACCGACCUCAACCUCUCCAUCGAGAAGGCCUACAUCUCCUCUGACGGCCGCUGGUUCAUGGACGUCUUCCACGUCACCGACCAGUUCGGCCGCAAGCUCACCGACGACAGCGUCAUCUCUUACCUCGAGCAGUCUUUGGAGACGGAGGAGGACCACCACUUGCGACCCAUUGCCAGCGGCGAGGGCUUUACCGCCCUCGAGCUCACCGGCGCCGACCGGCCGGGCCUCCUCUCAGAGGUAUUCGCGGUGCUCACCGACCUUGGAUGCGGCGUAGUCGACGCGAAGGUGUGGACCCACAACGGUCGGAUCGCGUGCCUUAUUUCCAUCCACGAUGAGCUCUCCGGCGACUGUAUCGACUACGACUCCCCCAGAAUCCGUCAUAUGGAAUCCCGCCUCCUCCAUGUCCUGAAGGGAGACGGCGGCGUCUACGGCGCCAGGAUUGUCAUCUCGGCUGCUACCAUCGCCCAUCCCGAUCGCCGCCUUCACCAAAUGAUGUUCGCUGACCGUGACUACGAGCGCACCACACUGUCUUCUUCAUCACCAUCCAUCUCUGUCCAAAACUGGAUCGAAAAAGGGUACUCCGUCGUUACCGUGCAGUGUCUCGAUCGCCCGAAGCUCCUUUUCGACGUGGUGUGCACUCUCACAGAUAUGGAAUACGUCGUGUUCCAUGGCACCAUCGACAUAGAUGGCCACAUUGCUCAUCAGGAAUUCUACAUACGGCACAAAGAUGGUAGCCCAAUCAGCUCCGAAGCAGAGAGGCAAAGAAUGGUUCAAUGCUUGCAAGCAGCCAUCGAGAGGAGAUCAAUAAAGGGGCAAAGGCUAGAACUCUACAUGGAGGAUCGCCCAGGGCUCCUCUCUGAAGUAACUCGAACACUUCGAGAGAACGGUUUGCUGGUCACAAGAGCGGAUGUGUCAUCCAAGGGAGAUAUGAUUUCGUGCGUGAUCUACGUGACGGACGCCGCCGGGCAACCUGCGGGACCAGGGGUCAUCGACGACGUGCGGCAAAGGUUAAUACCCGAUUGCCUCAUAGUCGAGGAGCAACGGCCGCAGUUCCACCGCCAAGAGGAACGUGAGGGGGCGCAGGGUUUGGGUGGCGUCGGCAUCGGGCUGUUCUACUUGGGCAAUCUAUUCUGGAGGAAUUUGUAUAAUUUAGGAUUGAUCAAAUCCUUUUCGUAGCUCUAUUGCUGGCCAUUUUUUUGUGUGUGCGUGUCUACUCUGUAUAUUGAAUCCAUUACUUGAAUUGAUCUGCACAUAGUAGGUAAAGCAGAGCUGAGGGUGGUGGAUUGUGAUUGGUUUUCUGCGAGUUUAUUGUUUAACCGAGGAUUUGACAUUCUUUGUACAUAA